CCCAGGGACUCGCGGGGCCGCUGUACAGCAACCUGGCCUCCGAGUUUCGCAUAACAUCCUCCUCCCCCUGGGCCUGGCUGUCGGCUUGGGUUUGAUCUCGUCUCCUCUCCCAGCCCCCCACUCCUCACUGGCAAGCAACCGGCGAGGACUGUGGCUUGUGAAUAGCUGCGAAGUGGCCGGGCGGUAACAAAGGGACCCCGGAGACCAGCGGCUGAGCUGCCCGGGCCGUGCUGAGCGCAGCAGCUGCAACCCCAAGAACAGAGAGAGGGAGUCUGAUCUACAGAUUUCAUAACUGGGUGGAUGCUUUGGUGACAUCAGUCUUGUCUGUAAUCUUUUGUCACUUAACAGAAAGGGUCUCCAGUCAGGAGGGAACAAGUGGCUUGUGACCUUUAUUAGAAAUCUGCUCAUCACUCUGACAUGUUGGAUUUGUAAGAGAACACAGCUUCUCACUCUCUGAUAACCUGCAGAUACUUAAAAAUGAGCAGCGGUUGCUCUAACUCAAGUAUUAGACAACAACAGGCCCAGUAUCGUUAAUCACCUCAUCCUGAUGCACCAUACAUUAUGGUUCACAUCAAUCUAUUUAAAAAAUUGAUGUGUGGAAUCUUGUUAUUGUUUGUGAUUCUGACUGUUUGUUUCUGGAGGGAAACAAGAAAAGGCUACUACAUUCCCUUCAAAACAGAAAGCAAAAGUUUUCAGAAUCCCAGAGCUCUGGGAAAAGGAGAUGUACUUACAUCCCGUCUUCUUUCAAGCAAAGCUGUCAAUGAGAAGGGCCAGUUAUCUGCUGCUUUGCUGGUCAAACUGGAUAAAGUAAAUGGCAUCAUCUCUUCAACCCCUCCAGGAAACAAUGCAGUGGCAAAGUCCAAGAAAUCAUUGCUCUCUGUGAAUGUCUGGAAUGAGGACAGUUCAUCAAAGAAUCUCAUACCCAGGCUGCAAAAGGUCAAAAACAAUUACCUGUCCAUGAACAAGUACAAUGUGACUUACAAAGGGCAAAGGAAUACGGCCAAACUCAGUCCAGAGAAACUGCUGUGCCAGCUCCGGGACAGAGUGAAUGUGACAAUGAUCCAUGGGUCAGACGGUCCAUUCAAUACCUCUGAAUGGCAGAUGUAUCUACCAAGAAAAAACCUCAGCCAAGAAGUCGGCCACUUCCGUCAAUGCGCUGUCGUGUCCUCAGCAGGAUCUCUGAAGUCCUCGCAUCUGGGACCAGAGAUAGACGCCCACGAUGCAGUUUUGAGAUUUAAUGGGGCUCCUACCAUAGGGUUUCAGAAUGAUGUAGGAGAAAAGACAACAGUUCGCCUUGUUAAUUCCCAGCUUGUAACUGUUGAAGAACAGAAGUUCCUUACAGAUACAUUGUACAAUACUGGAAUCUUAAUUGUCUGGGAUCCAGCACCUUAUCAUGCCGAUAUUCAUGAGUGGUACAGAAAACCAGACUACAGUUUCUUUGUAAACUACAAGGCGUAUCGGAGUAGACAUCGGGAACAGCCCUUUUAUAUCCUGAACCCAAAAAUGCAGUGGCAGCUCUGGGAUAUUCUGCAGGAGAACUCGCUGGAGGAAAUUCAGCCCAAUCCACCUUCUUCUGGAAUGCUUGGCAUUGUGAUCAUGAUGACCCUCUGUGAUGAAGUGAAUGUUUAUGAAUUCCUCCCUUCCAAACGACGGACAGACAUCUGCCACUAUUACCAGAGAUACUACGACCGCGCCUGCACCAUGGGUGCUUACCACCCACUGCUGUUUGAGAAAAACUUGGUGAAGCACAUUAACCAAGGCCAAAAUGAGUUAAUUUACACCCAUGGGAAAGUGACUUUGCCUGGUUUCAGAAACAUGCACUGUUAGCAACUCAACUUCUACUGUGCAUAGAUACUUCUGUUGAUUUUCAAGGCACUUUUAGAAGGAUAUUGUUGAGAUUCUUAGGCCUAAACAUUGAUGUGCCCUGACAGUUCUUCCAUAAUGCACCCCUUACAUUAAGGAUUCCUGUGAUGCAGCUUCUCUGAUCUGUACAAUAGCAGAAAGCAUUACACAUCCUCCACAAUUAUCCAAUAUCUACUGUGUGAACUUCCAGUCAAAUUAGUGGGUCUGAGGGGCUGAGUACCUUCAGCUGCAGUUGGCCACCUGAGUUGUUUUCUAUGCAGUGUAAACCAACAUAUUGCUGGCGUCACUCCGCUGAACUCAGUGGAAUUAUGCCAGCAGAAAAUAUAGCCCAUUUUAAAAAAGAAUGGCUAAAAAUAAUCCCAUAAUUCUGGAAUCUUUACAGGCAGGCCUACGAUUAUGGACCCACUAUGAAGGUUGUAGUUCAACAAGUUAAAAUCUAUUAUUUGAAUUAUAGUCCUAACGACCUCAAGAAACAGGUCUUUAUAUUCUGGAAUUGUGAUGGCGAUUCUGCCAAAUCAAGGAGGAAUUGUUCAGUGUCGAUUUGUUUUGGAAUUUUUACCUUUGUAAAAAUUAUGAUGUUUCAGUGAAUUGCUAAAUUGAAUUUAAAUGUCUGGUGACCACUCAGUCCUGUUUGUUCAAUGUAGCAUCCUGUUAGGGACAUAGGAUAUUUUAAUUUCAAAUCAUUUUGGGGAAGACUUUUGAAAGGCAUAAAUGGCAGUUUGCAAUGGUAAUGGGGGUUGGUGCCUAGUUGCCAUUUGGACCCUGUGGAAGUCUCCCCAUUAGUAAUUUAGGACAAUAAUGCUACAUAGUCACAGGCAACUAAAUAAGCCAUGGGGCUACUAGCCAGCCACAGACCAGAUCUAGGUUUCAUCAGCUAUCUAAGUUGACCUCUGUUAGCUAUUCCUGACAUUUAGAUAGUCUCUCACACACACAUACACCCUUUCCAAGUGCACAGAGAAUGAGCACAUUACGCUAUCUCUUGAAAUAGCAGCUGAGAAGGGGGAGUUGCACUCUGCUCUUCAAGCCAGUGCAAAAGGGAGGUGGGCAGAGCUUUGACUCCUUCCUGCCGCCUUGAUGUGAUUUUGUCCCCAGAGUUCAUGAAAGGAGUAAUCUUUUUUACUUCCCCCAAUCAUAGUUUUUCUUUGGUCUGGGCAGAGGGACACCUUGGUUUGUCUCCGUUCCCUCAGUUCACCUAUUCCAGAUCCACUAUCCCUUUUCUCAUGGUUCAGAUUCAUAGGAUCUUUGCUUCCAAGCUGAAGCCACUGGGUCACACUCUUCUGUUGUGUACACUGGUGUAACCCUACUCAGGUCUGUGGCAUUGUGCCAGUGUAACCAUGGCUGGAACACCUGAUAGGACGUACAAAUGCUCAACAAUUAAUGUGCUGUUUCGUGAUCCUACCUAUAUAUAUGACAAAGUUGAUAUUAUUUAACUUUCCGUCAGUAAUGUCAUAUAUCUGGUUUUGAGUGAUAUGGGUUUUAAUGAUUUUAGGUGCAGGAAGUAGAUGCUAAUUUUGCUGUCCAUAAUAUGCAUUCCUGUGGUAGGAAAACAGUUGCACAGCAACAGACUUUGUCCCCAUUGUGAAGAAUUCUGCCUUCUGUUAAACUUGUAUGUCCCACUGGAUUCACGGGAGAGCUUGGCCACCAUUGAUCUGAAUCUAUAGAGGAACCCUUUCAUCCCAUAUGAAGACCAGUUGACUUUAGUAGGGCUCUGUGCAGAUCCAGUUGUGAAAUCAGGGCUUAACCGAAUAAAGUACUAGUGAGAAAAUUCGCAUCAUGGUACUUGUAAAAUGAGAAUUCCUACUGCUUUUAAUAAAACCUUGUGCACA